ACGUACUUCAUCACUUCCUUGUCACAAACCAAACCCUAAACCCUCUUUCUCAACAUGGGGCUUCUUCACAAGCAAAACCUCUCCUUUGUGAUACUACUCCUCCUAGGUCUCAUCGCCGUCUCUUAUGCUUGUGAUUGUAGUGACCCUCCUAAACCAUCUCCACACCCCGCUAAACCGCCAAAACAUCCCGCUAAACCACCUAAGCCCCCAACCGUUAAACCACCUACUCACACCCCAAAACCUCCCACCGUGAAGCCUCCACCUCCAUACAUUCCAUGCCCUCCUCCCCCGUAUUCUCCAAAACCUCCCACGGUGAAGCCCCCACCACCACCAACCGUGAAGCCACCACCACCUCCCACGGUGAAGCCACCACCACCACCCACGCCGUAUACUCCACCACCACCCACGGUGAAGCCACCACCACCACCAACCGUGAAGCCACCACCACCACCCACCGUGAAGCCACCACCACCACCCACGCCGUAUACUCCACCACCACCAACGGUGAAGCCACCACCACCACCCACCGUGAAGCCACCACCACCACCACCAGUCGUUACCCCACCACCGCCAACACCAACCCCAGAGGCACCAUGCCCGCCACCUCCACCAACCCCAUAUCCUCCUCCGCCUAAACCAGAGACUUGUCCCAUCGACGCUCUGAAACUAGGCGCGUGUGUGGACGUUCUAGGCGGUUUGAUUCACAUCGGACUAGGGAAAAGCUACGCUAAGGCAAAGUGUUGCCCACUUCUUGAGGGUUUAGUGGGUGUUGACGCUGCGGUUUGUCUCUGCACCACCAUUAGAUUGAAGCUUCUCAACAUUGACCUCAUUCUUCCCAUUGCUCUUGAGCUUCUUCUCGACUGUGGUAAGACUCCACCUCGUGGCUUCAAGUGUCCUGCUCCGCUAAAAAAGACUCCUCUCUUGGGUUGAUCUCUUUUCUAUUCCAUUUGAUACAAUAAAAAAGGGUUUGAAACGUUAAGAUAUAUAUUCUUCUUUAUGUUUUGUGAUAGCGGAAACAGUAACUAAAAGGAUCUAAAUUUC